UACCACACAUCCAUCAACAACUGAGAUAAACGUAGUGCACCCUCAAACAACGACCAUAGACACCACACAUCCAUUAACAACUACUAAUAUAUCUUGUAUAGGUAUGGGACAAUAGAUAAAUAUAUUUUACAAAUUAAAUUUUUUUCUCAUUUAAGAUUAUCAGACAAUUAUUCAUGGUCGAUCGUAUGGUGGUCUUGGUGGUGAUAUAGUUAAGGAAUCAUUAUCACAAUCGAUAUCUUCUCGUUUAGUUGCUGUUCAAAUUUAUUCAUGUAAUUGGAUACAAGCACUAAAACUUACAUAUUCUACGGAGAACACAAUAUUUCAUUAUAAUAAUAAGACUAGAUUAGAGUCUAAUGAAAUUUAUGGUGAUUAUGAAAAAUGUCAAUGUGAACAUAAUUUGACAACUAAAUGUAAAACAGAUAUAUUUAAAUUAAGUGCCGAUGAAAAUAUUAUUAAAGUUACAGUUGUAUUUGGUGAACGUACACCAUCAUGGUUAAUGCAUCAAAGUAUCUACGUUAUUUUGGGCAUUCAAUUUGAAACAAAUAAAAAUCAUUUAAGUUCCUUCUACGGUGAUAGACGAGGAAUAAGAGUUGAUGAACAAUUUAAUGGUUAUAAAUUAAAAUAUAUAACUGCUAGAGUAAGUAAUUUUAUUCAUCGUAUUCAAUUUCAUUGGGAUCGAGAUGAUGAUAGUAAAGAGAAACAAUUAUGUAUGAAGAUGAAUUUAUCAACAAUAAAUAUUGAGAAAGACGAUUCUCUUAGUGAUGAUUGUUAUAAAUUACCAUAUGGUCUAGAUUAUAAGAGAAAACGUAAUUAUACAAUAUCAAAUCGAGCAUGUCAAACAUGGAAGAGUAUCCGGUACACUAAUAGUUUGUCAUUUUCGAAUAAUGAAAUCGACGAUGAAGAACAUAAUUAUUGUCGUAAUCCUACGAAUAAAGCACAUGGUCCUUGGUGUUAUGUAAAUGACUUAGGACAUUGGGAGUAUUGUGGUAUACCUCUGUGUGGUAAAUAA